AGAGGCGGCGCUGCAGCCGCAGGUGGCCGGCCAGCGCGUUCGCCCCGCGCCGCCAAUCGCGACCCCCGCCGCCCUUCCCGUGAUGCCCCGCGGCUGACCUCCGACCUCGCCUCCCACCCCUCCCUGCGGCCCUCUUCUCCCCCGGCCCCUGCUGAAUUUGCCGCGUUCCGGAGGCUGUGGGGCGUGCCACCGAGGCGCAGCACCCCCCCGUAGCGCCUGGGCGGGUGCCGUCCCUUCGUCCUUCCUCCCCGUGGCGGGGCCUGGUGACGGGCCGGGGGCUGCGGCCGCGUCCGGGAGGCGACUCGGAUUCAAGAUGACCAACGAGGAACCUCUUCCCAAAAAGGUUCGACUGAGUGAAACAGACUUCAAAGUUAUGGCACGAGAUGAGUUAAUUCUAAGAUGGAAACAGUAUGAAGCAUACGUCCAAGCUUUGGAGGGCAAAUACACAGAUCUUAAUUCUAAUGACGUAACUGGGUUAAGAGAGUCUGAAGAAAAACUAAAGCAACAACAGCAAGAGUCUGCCCGCAGGGAAAACAUCCUAGUAAUGCGACUGGCUACCAAGGAGCAAGAGAUGCAAGAGUGUACUACUCAAAUCCAGUACCUCAAGCAAGUCCAGCAGCCUAGCGUUGCCCAACUGAGAUCAACAAUGGUAGACCCAGCGAUCAACUUGUUUUUCCUAAAAAUGAAAGGUGAACUGGAACAGACUAAAGACAAACUGGAACAAGCCCAAAAUGAACUGAGUGCCUGGAAGUUUACGCCUGAUAGCCAAACAGGCAAAAAGUUAAUGGCGAAGUGUCGAAUGCUUAUCCAGGAGAAUCAAGAACUUGGAAGGCAGCUGUCCCAGGGACGUAUUGCACAACUUGAAGCAGAGUUGGCUUUACAGAAGAAAUAUAGUGAGGAGCUUAAAAGCAGUCAGGAUGAACUGAAUGACUUCAUCAUUCAACUUGACGAAGAAGUCGAGGGUAUGCAGAGCACCAUUCUAGUUCUUCAGCAACAGCUGAAAGAGACGCGUCAGCAGUUGGCUCAGUACCAACAACAGCAGUCUCAGGCUCCAGCCCCAAGUACCAGCAGGACUACACCUUCCGAGCCUGGAGGACAGGCGGAGGCCACAGGUAAAGACUGCAGCCGGCUGGCCAACGGACCAAGUAAUGGCAGUUCCUCCCGGCAGAGGACGUCUGGGUCUGGAUUUCACAGGGAGGGGGACACAGCCGAAGAUGACUUUCCUUCUUCUCCAGGGAAUGGGAAUAAGGCCUCCAACAGCUCAGAGGAGAGAACUGGCAGAGGAGGUGGUAGUUACGUAAAUCAACUCAGUGCGGGGUAUGAAAGUGUAGACUCUCCCACGGGCAGUGAAAACUCUCUCACACACCACUCAAAUGACACAGACUCCAAUCCUGACCCUCAAGAGGAGAAAACAGUGAGUGGGAAAGGUAACCGAACUACGGGUUCCCGCCACGUUCAGAAUGGCUUGGACUCAAGUGUAAAUGUACAGGGUUCAGUUUUGUAAUAUUUUUUCCAACAAAUUUUUAUACAGUGUCAUUUAAUUUGGGAGAGGAUACUGUCCGGAAAAUUAACGCAUACUUUUGUCACAAUUUGCCUUUUUUUUGUGGGUGUGGUGUUUUUUUUCUUUUCCUCCCCGCCCCUCCCCCCCCCCCCUUUGCUUCAAUACCUCUGCCACUUUGGAAAUUGUAACAGUUAAUUACCUUGAAUGUUGCUAAAAGGACAUUUUGUGUAGGGUCAAGUUAUUUUUAUAUGAGUUAAUGUGAAGUUGUAAAUGGAAAUCUUUCCCUAAAGUAUAACACAAUGAUGUCUGUAUAAAUCUGUGUCUAUCCUAGAACCUGUGCUGUGUACGGGCAUUCUUCCUCAUGCUGUUAUUAUACUUCUGCACCAUUCAGACUUGUUAGAGUAGAUGUGGGUUUAUGACUGCCAAGUUUGCCCAGUACAGUAGUUUUUCACUAAAAGCUGGACUUGCUGAUGGAGUCCUAGAGUAGUUUCAGUGUUAGAUACAGUUUUUUCCACCUUACAUCUGUGCAUUUUCUCUUUAGGUGACUGAAUGUUUAAGAAAUUUGUGUGCAUAGUUACUCAGUUUUUAUGAACUGUUGUAUCCUGUUAAUGCAUAUUGCUCUGUGACUCCAGUAUAUCUUACCUGUACUGACCAAACCUAAAUAAAGAUUUUUAUUGUAA